CUAGUGUUUGAAUAAUCAAGUUUAUUCACGCUCUAGUGCAAGCGGCAUCAAUGAAAAGGGAGAUUCAUUAGAAUUUUUCAGUGGAAAGUCAGGGCUAUUUUCGAGAAUGUUGGGGGCAUGAUUGUCCAAGGAAAAGAUUUGAUAAAGGAAACAGAACGCAGUAGCAAGUUCCACUUUUACGAAAAAAUGACUUCUGAUGUUGUUGGCUUUCUUGGGUUCGCUGUGACGACGUAUGUCUUUUAUACCGCAAUUCUGAUUUCUUCCCAAGAUAUUCUGGCAUCAACAAAUGUCGCCACAACGUCAAUUGUCCUGUGUUUUAACACACCUUAUUUCGCAAUGACUUUAAUAUUGCCUUACUAUAUCGAUAAAUUAUCACUUAUGAACAAAGCUGUAGCUUCAGCUGUAUUUUUGGGCACUGGAGUCUUGAUUAUUACACUUAUCACAACACCAGUGAUUCGGUUGGUUGGAGUUGUUGUGGCUUCCUUUGGUUUUGGUACUGCAGAAAUCGGCUUUCUUUCUGCAACUUCACUUCAUCAAGACUUCACAAUUCAUUCGUUUACAUGUGGCACUGGUUUGGGGGCURCGAUCAGUACUUUGUACAUGGCAGGCAUGACAACACUCGCGUGCAUCAAACCAUCUAUAGCAUUGCAAAUUCUAUUGGUACUGUUGCCCAUCUACCCUCUCCUUGCCUGGUACAUAAAAGGAAAGUCUAACCUACCAAAUAAGGAACUGACAACGUCACAGGGUACCCAUAUUGAGUUCAUCCCACUGAUUGAAGGGGAUUCAAAUUCAGAGGUCGAUGACCAACAAUUAAMAUGGAUGGAAAAGUUUUCAGCUGUGCGAGAAAACCUUCACCUCACUGUUCCUUUGUUCAUUGGGCUGUUUUCAGACUACCUUACUAUGAACGCUGUUAUCACAACUAUUGCCUUCGAGAACUCCCCGUUUGACCCUAGAGACCAUUUUCAGUAUUACGUAUUAGCAUUCUGGGCUGCUGAGAUCGUAGGUCGAUCGUAUGGUCUUGUGAUAUUAUGGUUUAAGCCCUCUUGUACGGUGGUGACCAACAAAACGUGGAUUUUCAGUGCAAUAAUUGCUUCCAAUUUAGUAUUGCUGAUUUGUGCAAGUUGGUACCGAUUUCUUCCCAACUUUGCCGUUGUAGCAACAUUGGUUGCAAUCACUGGGAUAACUCAGGGAGCGGCUUUCGGAGUGAUGCCGAUAACAGAGGCCAAUGCAAUGAUCUAUACUUUAUUGGCAACCACAUAG